CGUGGCUCAAGGCCUACUGGACGCCGAGCCGCCGCAUUCCAACCUUCGUCCACAGCCCGAACGCGUGCGAGCGGGCAAGCCGUGGCUGUCAAGGGGGAGUGCCGAUUCAGAUGUCGGCGGCGGUCGGCGCGAUGGCGCAGACGAAUGGGCAGGGGGGCUCAAUCGCCCUCGUUAGCACGCCGUUGCGGAUGAGGUCGAAGGGGGGGGGAGACGCUGUUUUCCUCCUCAGCACAGAACCAUCAGGGCCGGCCGCCGAGGCGGUAGCGCAGAAGGAGUGGCCGUUGUGGCGGCUGAGCCUCGUCGCGCUUCCGUGCAUGUCGGUCACGGUCGUGCGGUCGGUCACCACGUCGUGCAGCGCCCCCUACCUGGUGGGGCUCGGGAUGAGACCCGCAUGGGCCACCCUCAACAACAUAGCGGGCCCGACCUGCGGCUUCUUCACUUGCCCGCUGGUGGGCGCGCUGUCCGACUCGUCGACCUCUCCCUACGGGCGAAGGAGGCCCAUCAUCGUGGCCGCGCUCGGCGCCUUGUGGGUGUCUGGGCUCCUCUUCGCCUCCAGCCCAGCGCUGGUGCCCGCCGGCGCGGCCGCGGGCUUUGCGGCCUGCAUGUUGUGGCUGACCGACAUCGCGCUCAACGCGCUGCAGACACCCAUGCGGGCGCUGGUGGCGGACCUCGCGUCGAGCGGUCAGCAGGUGCAGGUGCAGGUGCUGGUCAGCUGCUUCCAGGCGGUCGGAUCCCUAGUCGGCUUCUCCAUCAUGAAGGAAUACGGCAGCAACGACAGCCUCUCGGAGCACAUGCUCGAGAUCAUGGCCGUGGUGUGCUGCAUUGUUACGGUGGCGGUCGCCGUCAUGCUCUGUGCGGCCACGGAGACGCAGCUGGCGGGGGACCGCGCCGCUAGGCAGUGCAGCCCCGUCUCGGACGUGUUUGAGGCAGUGCGGGGGAGUUCCACGCUGCUGCGGCACCUGGCCGGCGUGCACUGCCUGGUGUUCGUCGGAGCGACGGUGUGGUUCUCGUACUCCGUGCAGUGGUUCGGCCUCUGCGUGUUCGCGGGCGAUCCCGCCGCGCCCCCGGGCUCCGCGGCCCAUCGCUUGUACGCCUCAGGCCAAGAGGCGUUCGCGUACGCGGGGCAGUGCGGGUCGUGGCUGAUGCUGCUCAUGACCCUGCUCCUCGUCGUCGCCCUCCACCGGACCACGCUGCCCCCCAAGGGCGCCUACGCCGCCUGCAUCUUCGUCGGGGCGGGCACCAGCUUCGCGGCCGCGUUCUUCGUGAACCACAACGCCACCUUCGCGACGGCCUGCAUGGCGCUGUCGGUGCUGCCCUGCGUCGGCGCGCACGGCAUCCCCUGGGGCCUCAUCGCCGCCAGCAACAAGGCUGCCGAGGAGCAGGGGCUCCCCGUCAGCACCGCGAUGCAGAUGGCCCUGCUGAACUGCGGCCUCGUGAUCGGCCAGCAGCUCACCCACAUGACGCUCGCGGCGCUGGAGAGCUUCGUGGCGCCCACGCUGGCGCUCCCCGCCAUGCUGGCCGCCGGCGCGCUGGCUCUGACCGCGGCGGGCGCUGGCGCGCUCCUGCUCCCGAGCGGCGCCGAGGAGUGCGGCGCGCUGGGCGCGGGCGGGCGCGCUGGCGAAGCGGACCCGGAGCGCCACGGCGCCGGCCUCUGACGCGCAGAAGGGCGCGCGCAGGAGCGCAAGAGAGCGCGAGAGCGCGGGAGAGAGCCCGAUGGAGAGCCCGAGGGCGCGAGAGCGCAAAGGGGUCGGGGCGGGCACGGCGCCCCUCCCGCAGGGCGGCAGGCCACGCUCGGGGGCAGCGACGUCCUUCCCCCGUCGCAGGGGCUCGCUCCCUCCGCCCGCGCCCCCCGCCAGCCGAGUGGCUUCGGCCGCCCUCUGCCGCGCGCGCUCCCUCGCCGGGCCAGGGAGGUGGGCGAUGGUGGCCGUCAUCAGAGAGCCCACCUCCUGGGCCUCUGAGGAGGGCCCAUGGUUCCUCUGUGGUAUUACAUGUUUCCCAUCGCCACCAGGGCGUGGGAGCAGGCUGUCAAAGGCUGGCCCGGAUGCUGAAGACAUUCCGUGCCGGGGCCCACUCUUCGUCUUUUCCAUCGCAGCAGUUGCGGUCAGGUUGCGAGCUUGUGUGGUUGGAACCAUCGCCGCUACCUUUGACCCGUCAGCAUUUCGUUCUGCACGCACAUCUCGGAUUGUCUGUGAUUCAUCGCCCAGUCGAAUUGAAAAAACAAGUGGGUCGUUUUGCAAGUCGCAUCAUGGAUGAACGAUCGCCUCUGCAUCCAAUUGGUCCGAUGAGGUCCAUCGACCUGAG